AUGUUGUCUACAGUCAGAGCAGCCAGCCGUCACGCAUUGUCCCGCGGAGCAAUUGCCAGGAGCUCAAUUGCCGUUCGCUCAGAAUCAACAUGGGCCAAGGUUCCUCAAGGUCCACCUGCCAUCUUGGGUAUCACCGAGGCAUUCAAAGCCGACAGCUUUGCAGAGAAGAUCAACCUUGGUGUUGGAGCAUACCGAGACGACCAGGGAAAGCCAUACGUCCUCCCCUCUGUACGAACAGCCGAAGACAAAGUCGUGUCCGCCCAAUUGAACAAGGAGUACGCUGGUAUUACUGGUGUCCCUGAGUUCACCAAGGCCGCUGCCAUCCUCGCAUACGGCAAGGACUCCAGUGCUCUCGAUCGUCUCGUCAUUACACAAUCUAUCUCUGGUACCGGUGCUCUCCGAAUUGGAGGUGCCUUCCUGCAAAGAUGGUUCCCAGGCUCGAAGAAGAUCUAUAUCCCAACACCAUCAUGGGCAAACCACGCGGCUGUCUUCAACGACUCUGGCUUGACCGUCGAGAAGUACAGAUACUACAACAAGGAUACAAUUGGUCUUGAUUUCGAGGGAAUGGUUGCAGAUAUCAAGGGUGCUCCCAAGGGUAGCAUCUUCCUCCUCCACGCUUGCGCACACAACCCUACUGGUGUUGACCCAACUCCUGAGCAAUGGAAGGAGAUUAGCGAGGCUGUUAAGGCUGGUGGGCACUUCGCAUUCUUCGAUAUGGCAUACCAAGGAUUUGCUUCUGGUAGUACCGACCAAGAUGCGUUCCCAGUACGACACUUCGUCGAGCAAGGUCACAAUAUUGCUCUCGCCCAGUCCUUCGCCAAGAACAUGGGUCUCUACGGUGAGCGUGUUGGAGCCUUCUCGAUCGUCUGCGCCGAUGCCGACGAGAAGAAGCGUGUCGACUCGCAGAUCAAGAUCCUCGUCCGACCCCUCUACUCCAACCCACCUGUGCACGGUGCUCGUGUCGCUUCCACAAUCCUCAACGACCCCACCUUGAACGAGCAAUGGCUUGGAGAAGUCAAGGGUAUGGCAGACCGCAUCAUUACCAUGCGUGCACUCUUGAAGAAGGAGCUCGAGGCUUUGGGGUCAAAGCAUGACUGGAGCCACAUCACCAGCCAGAUUGGCAUGUUCGCUUACACUGGCUUAACCCCUGAGCAAAUGGACAAGUUGGCCAAGGAGCACUCGGUGUAUGCAACUAAGGAUGGAAGAAUCUCGGUGGCGGGUAUUACGACUGGAAAUGUGAAGAGACUUGCGGCUGCUAUUCAUGCUGUUAAGCCAUAGAUGUGUUGAUGAUCGAUUGGCAACGACGGGGUGUGAAAAUGGUAUGUAUGGUAGAUGCUGAGUAGACUGGGUAGAUUGGGCAAAUUGCUUGACAAAAUCAUAGAAGUGGACUCCGCGUACAUUGUACAAUAGUAUGUCAUCAUUGUAUCUCGAUUUCUGCCGAAUGUGCCUUCACA